AUGGGAAUCUACUGGAUUGAGAAGAUCUUAUUAUUGAGAAGAGAUUCAAAACCCUUACCUACAGGCAGUGAUAUGGCCUAAGCCAUGGUUGAAUUCUACAUAGAUCUUGUGAUUCUUAUUUACAGUGUAAUGAUCGAGUAUUAAAGAUUUAGUUAGGUAAUUGCGUUUGGGAAUACACGGUAUUUAAUACAAUGCAUUGGUCAACGUGGAUUUCUUUUAUUAUUUGUUCCAUCUUUUAUCUGCUUCCCAAAGAACGAGUCCUAGAAUUCAUUUUGAAGAUAGGAAUAGAUAAUGCCACUGAAGAGUCAUAUGAUGCGAAGAGUCCCACAUUCUUGGAUGAUUACGACAGAAGAAAUCCAGUUACUGCAGAGGAAGCCAAAAGAAUUUGGAUUGAAAAUCAGCAACAACAAAAUUCUGAAAUGAAUCAAAUUAAUUAGCUGUAUUAUUUAUAUCAAUCUAGUUUAGUAUGUCUGCUAAGCAACUUGACAUUUCGAUCUAUCGUUAUCAUUAUAACAUAAUGCAAUAAUAAUCCAGAUAGCAGAUUUUGAUGACUAAUCACAAGUCUUUUUCGAAAGUUCAUCCAGAAUUCAAGACAGAAAAUAAUUAUAAUCUGAAAAAGCUAUAAUAUUGA